AGAUGGCAGUGGAGGAGAGACCAGAGUGCAUCAGAAUGGGCGUCCUGCCCCUCAAAAACACAUCUGCUCAUUGAGAUUUAGCCACGGGACACCAGAAAAGCAGCUGCUGAACAGUGAAAGGAUGUUUUCUGUGAUCUGGAGGAUCCUACUGGAGCUCUUACUGGUUUGCUGGAUGUUUGAAGGGGUCAUCAGGUGUGUGUUUAGUAAGGAGCUGAAAUCUCCCAGUGUUAGGACGAAGCCCAUGUCACCAUCAGAUUUUCUGGAUAAAUUAAUGGGAAAGACAUCUGGAUAUGAUGCUCGAAUAAGGCCCAACUUUAAAGGUCCUCCUGUAAAUGUCACCUGCAACAUUUUCAUCAACAGCUUUGGCUCGAUCACAGAGACUACCAUGGAUUACCGGCUGAACGUUUUUCUACGGCAGCAGUGGAAUGACCCACGACUAGCUUAUAAAGAAUACCCAGACGAUUCCCUGGAUCUGGACCCAUCCAUGCUGGACUCCAUCUGGAAGCCAGACUUGUUCUUCGCCAAUGAGAAAGGCGCCAACUUUCAUGAGGUCACCACAGACAACAAGCUGCUGAGAAUUUUCCAGAACGGAAACGUGCUGUAUAGCAUCAGACUCACGCUGAUUCUGUCGUGUCCUAUGGAUCUGAAGAAUUUCCCAAUGGACACUCAGACCUGCACUAUGCAGUUAGAGAGCUUUGGCUACACUAUGAAUGAUCUGAUAUUUCAGUGGUUGGACGAAGGCCCGGUGCAAGUAGCUGAUGACCUUAUGCUGCCCCAGUUUGUCCUCAAAGAAGAGAAAGACUUGGGAUACUGUACAAAGCACUACAACACUGGUAAGUUCACCUGUAUAGAGGUGAAGUUUCAUCUGGAGAGGCAGAUGGGUUAUUACCUGAUCCAGAUGUACAUUCCCAGCCUUUUAACAGUGAUCCUGUCAUGGGUCUCUUUCUGGAUCAACAUGGAUGCCGCCCCGGCCCGAGUCGGGCUGGGCAUCACCACAGUUCUUACCAUGACCACACAGAGCUCAGGUUCUAGAGCAUCACUGCCUAAGGUGUCCUAUGUGAAGGCCAUUGACAUCUGGAUGGCAGUGUGUCUGCUGUUCGUGUUUGCUGCUUUGUUGGAGUACGCAGCGGUUAACUUCGUUUCAAGGCAAUAUAAAGAAUUCUUCCGACUGAGGAGGAAACUGCGGCAGGAGCAACGCAACAGAGCUGCCUCUGGUCAAGCUGGAGCAGCAGAAACGAAGAACAAGAGUAACAACGUCACAGGAGGCACACCGAGCAGAAACGCACAACGCCAGUGCAGCGCCUGCGCACGGGAAGAGCAGUUGGCCUCACAGAAUCAGGACUUGUACUUUCCGGGCUUUGGGAUAGACACGAGUCUGUCUGGAGACGGGCCUCUCUCUGAAGCUGCUGCCAUGUUUGCUGGUUUGCCACCCGGUCAUGCCCUGUUUGACAUUCGCCGGCGCUUUGUGGAACAAGCGAAACGGAUCGACACCAUCUCACGAGCCGUCUUCCCCCUCAGCUUCCUCGUAUUCAACGUGUUUUACUGGGUCACUUAUAAAGUGCUUCGAAACGAAGACAUUCACCUUGCACUGCGACCCUGACACCCUUUAGGACUUCUGAACUUCCCGUUAUACCUUCUUGUGAACCAGUUUUGGUCCAGCGUGAGGAUGAGCUCCUUUAUCAAAGACAUUUAUAAAAUCAAACCAGUCUAUGAAGCGGUGCAACAAGUUCUCUCUGCAUGAGUGAGAAUAUAUGCAUGAGUCUGAGAGCACUUUAACAAAGAGCUAAAUAAACCUUUAGCUUAUAUGAAGAACGGCUGAUUCACUCCUGACCUUUGCUCUUUUUUUGUUUUUGCACAGAGCACAUUUGUUCUUGUCCGUUGUAAAAAAAAAUAAAUGUUAUAUAUGAA